CUCCCUCUCUCUCUCACUCUCUCUCCAUCCCCCUCUCUCUCUUGUUCUCUCCCCCUCCCUCUCUCUCGCUCUCAUAGUCUCUCGUGCUCAGUCCACUGCUGCCUCGUCAAAGGUGCCACAGCGUACUUCUGAGCGUAGCACCUCUGUGUAAUCCUCUCUCUCUUCCGCACACACUCACACACUCACACUCGUCCUCAUACACAUAUUCGGGCAGAGAACUCUCCAGCUCAUUCCUGCUCCUCCAGGCACGGGCUGUGUUCGAGAGCAUCGGCAGUGCACACAGCAUCCAGGAUGGAUGUACUGAUGAAGGGAUUUUCCAUGGCCAAGGAGGGGGUGGUGGCAGCUGCCGAGAAGACCAAGGCAGGUGUGGAAGAGGCCGCGCUGAAGACCAAGGAGGGCGUCAUGUAUGUUGGCAGCAAGACAAAGGAGGGAGUUGUUUCAAGCGUGUCCACAAUAACAAACAGGACCACGGAGCAGGCGAACAUAGUUAGUGAUGCUGCAGUGUCCAGUGCCAAUGACCUGGGGCAGAAGACCGUAGAGGGAGUGGAGAACGUCGCUGCGUCCACUGGCCUGGCGAAUCCGGAUGAGCCUGUAUAUGAGGCUGACUUCUCCCAUGGUGGCACGGAGGGCGGAGACAGUGGACAGGGUUAUUAGGCCAGAGGCAUGGGACAGCCCCACCUCCCUCCUCAGAGUCUCCAUCGCUCAGAGACCCGGCACCUACCACCUCAUCCAAACGUUACUGAUAUUUUUGUGACAGUAUGGAAAAACAAAACAGAAAGCAGGACUUUCCCACACCCCUGCCGUUUGCUCUGUGUAAUGCUCCUGUUCCCCUACGCUCUGGUGUUGGUGACUUCAUGCUACUUUCCCUGUGUUGUCACUCCAUGUUCUUCCCUUAAAGCACCCUGACCAAACACAUCAACAGAUGCACACACAAAUACACACACACAAAACGAAUUAUAGAAUAUAAAAGAGGUUGCGAUCAUGAGGCUUAGUCACUUACAGUUGUGAGGAAUCAUUGUAAUCAUUCUUACUGGAUUUCUACAUGGAUAAAGGCAGAAAUGCAGGCAACUUACAAAAUGUUACAGUUCCCUAUCUUUAAGAAAUAUGGUGGAUUCAGAAAAUAUUCAGACCCCUUUAUUUGAUGCACACUUUAUUGCGUUCUGGAUUUGAUUUUAAAUGGAUAUAAUUUCUAUUUUUAUUGAUCAAUAAACACCUAAUGACCCAUAAUAACAAAGUGAACCAUGUUUUUAGAGAGUUUCAAAAAUGUUUAAAAAAUGAAAUCUCUUAUUAAUUAAAUAAUUCAGUACCUUUAUUAAAUGCUUUGCAGAAGCAUGACAGGAUACUUCCAUACAAGCUUUACACACCUGGAUUUGGACAGUUAACCCCAUUAAUCCUGUCAAGCUCUGGAUGGCGUACAUGUGGAUGUGAAUACUCCACUGUUGUUUUAGGUCAUUUUCAUGGUAAAUUGUUGGCUCAGAGUUUGUGCACACUCUGGAGGAGGUUUUCUUCAAGGAAGCUCUUAUAUUUGCAUGCAUUCAUCCAUCUUUCAAUUGUUACCAAUGUCCCUGUCCCUGCCACUGAGAAGCACCCCCACAGCACGAUACUGCCACAAUAGACACUACCACAUUUCACGGUGCGGAUGGUAUUAGCCAGGUGAUGUGCAGUGUCUGUUUAUCACCAGAUAUAGUGUUUCUUUCCAAAGAAUUCAAUUUUCAUUUCAUCAGACAAGAGAAUCUUUUUAAACGUGUUUCCAGUCCUUAAUAUACCAUUUAGCAAUUUCCUAGUGGGUGGUCAUAUACCUUUCAUAACAGUGGCCUCGGUCUUGCUACAGUGCCAUAAAGGCCUGAUUUAUGGAGUGCUGCAGAGAUGGUUAUCCAUCCAAUAAGUUGCAUCUCUGCACAAAACCUCUGAAGCUAUUUUAAAGUGAUUGAGAGGGCCUUUCUUGAUUUAUAUCUUGCCACAGUUUGAUCUCAGAGAUCCACAGACAGUACCUUCAUGGUUUUCUGUGUAAUGCAGUGUAAAUUGUGAACCCUUACAGACCCAGCUGUGUGCCUUUCCAAACUGUCCAAUCACUUCAAAUUCAAUAGGUGGUUUUCUGCAGAGUUAUACAUACAUAUCAUGGAUAACUAAAGCAAACUAGAUCCACCUGACCACAAUCUGGUGUACCACAAAGGGUCUUAAUACUUUAGUGAAUAAGAAAUUUCAGUUUUUUAUUAUAAAUAAUUUUUUAAAAACAUUUCACGUAUAUAAUAAAGGUGAUUAAGUGUAGACUGAUGGAUAACAAUUAUAUCCAAUCAAAAUCAAAUUCAUAACACAAAGUGUAUACCAAGUAAAUGGUCUGAAUACUUUCUGAAUCCACUGUAAAUGGUAUAAAUGAUCAAAGUCUGAUAGAAAAAGCAUGUGAACCUUUAUAUUUAGUAACUAUAACUUUAUCCUGUUGUCAGUAAGCUCUCUAGAUGCAUUCUGCUGUACAGUUCUAUUCAACAAUUCAAGGCAUCUUGGCUUAUUCCUCAAUACAAAACUGUUUCAGGUCAUUUAUAUUUUGGUGGAUAGACUGCAUCAAAUUAUGUCCCAGCACUUCAACGGGCUACUGAAGUACUUUUUUUUUUUUGUUCUUUUUAAGCUGUUGAUUUAAUUUAGUUGUUUGGAUGAUUAUCAUGAGUUUGAGUUUUAAUUCAUAGGCAUGUUCACUGGCAUUCAAGUUUGACCUAAAGAACUUAUUGAUACAACUUUGAAUUCACUGGCCCCUCACGGACAGUCAUCAGUUAGUUUCACAUUAUUACACUCCUGCCACGAUGCUUCACAGAUGUGAUGGGUCUAAAUCCCUUAUAUCAGGUCAUAUUAGACUUACUAGAUAAUUACAUUAUCAAUCCACCAUAAUUCAGUUUUUCUGUAUGGCUGGGAAGGUCACACUGACAAAUAAACUGACUAAAACAACUCCAAAUAUCCUUUUCUACAGGUAAUUAUCCUAGACAUUCACAAACUUUUUCUAUCAAUAACUUUGACUGUUAAUCCAUUUGUUUAAUAAAAGUCUAAUGGAAAGUGUUUGUUAAUUAUAAGACAAUUUUGAUAAUUAUAAUCAUUAUUUAUUUUUAUGAUUUAGAUGACCACAACACCUUCUGCGAUCUAUCAUGCAGAAAUCCAGAUAAUUUCUUCCGGAAAGAGUUCACAAAUGUUUCUUACAAAAAAUGUGACAUGCUGUUUCAUUCCCUUAGGGCAUGUAGCAAUGAAUGUUGGGUCUCUGUGAGGCUGCAACAUGUUUAGAGUUAUUUUGUCUUUAAAAUGCUGCAAUGUACACAGUGAUGAGAUGUGUGUACACUCAGAGAUACAUUACAUUCCUUUAUCCCAGAAUGAAUGAUAGAACAUGUUUUUGUGCUUGAUCACUAAUAGUAGACUCAGUGUAACAUGUGUUAGGGAAUUAUAUUAAGAAACAAGUUAUUAUUUAUUCACACCAUCAGAGAUCAGUCUGUAUACAUCGCUACCAGAAAGCAAUGGUUUUGUAGCAAUGUCAGACUUGUAUCUAUUCAUUUGCUUGUCUUCAUGCAUUUGUGAUAAGGUAAAAGUUGAUAGUUAACUAGGGUUAUUUAUUCACAGUAAGCUAUAUCUUUAUUGGGUCCUCUGCUUUUGUCUGGGGCAAUGUAGAAAAGGUGUUAAAAAACACUUGGAACACUGGAGUGAUUAGGAAAGACAAAAAGGAACACAUACCAUUCUGUUUCAUCUGUGUUCCAUUGCAAUGCAUGUCGUAAAUUUGAAGUGGCAACAUAUCAGACAUUUAUAAUGCCUGCAUCAUGAAGCAAUAGCCCUACCAUUUUCAAGUUUGACAAUGGUUCAUUCAAUGGUAGCAAUCUGCAGUGAUGAGUUUCCUGCACUGUGUUUUAUUACAAGAAUGUCAAAAAGUAUAGAUAUUUCAUAAGAAGAAUGUCUCCAACCGUAUUCGCUUGUUGGUCCCAUUCCCACAUUAUCGUACUCGGCAGUGUCCCAUCUCACUCUAUGCUUGUGUCAGCUUUAGAUACCUAGGGGAGACCAACACUACAGUGUGUUCUUUCUUUGAAGCCACUGGAAACUGCAUGUUGCCUUAUAAGCACCCCAAUACACACACACACACACACACACUCUCUCACAAACAUACAUAUGCAAAUUCAAAUUUUCCUCACACACUACCUAUAAUGCACAAACACACACAGAUACAUACAUGCGCCCCAAGCCGAUCAAGUUGGCAUCAAAAAGCUGAUUUUAUAAACAGUGUAAGUGAAAUAAAGUUUUGUUGAAAUCUA